AUGAAUGUACCAUCGGCAAGAGCAAUCGUUCGAGACUUGAGUUGUCGUCAAGCCAAGAAUCCUGUCUACUAUAUUCAUACUUCUGGUGGAUUCGCUUUCGCGGCAGAGACUUUAUCCACCGGAAAGUAUGGAGAGUGCUUUGACAAGAUUUACGACGGAGUAGGAUCAUGUAGAGGAGUUGACCUCACUUCCAAAAUCAUGCACCCCAUUGCAAGUUUUUAUGUGAAUCGAGAAAUGCUGCAGUUGGCUGCGAAGACCUCAUACAAGAAAGGCUUUAUUCCGCCGCCAGGUAUUGAAUACAUGACUACAGAUGAAAGUGAAAGGAGGCUUCUAGGCUGGGAACCCAACAUGCCAAGCUUUAAAGAUGGGCUCGAGAAUGCUUUGGAUACGGACGCACGGCAAUUGGACCUCGUCUAG